UGUUGUCUUGCCGGAAGUGCGUGGCUAUGUGGGAAAUGGCGGCGGUCAGGAGAACGCUACAUCCUGCUUUGUUGUGGCUUUCUCCUGGUAAAUUUUUGGCAGUAUUAAACGUUUUUCUCUUAACGCUGACAGCGGUACGUGCUGAUGUAUUGUCCGAAGAUGGUGCCUUCCGCGCUGGUCAGUCAGCGAGCUCCCCCGCCGCCGCGGUCGCCCGAGACGUAAGGUACCUGCUGUAUGACGUGAACCCGCCCGAGGGCUUCAACCUGCGGCGGGAUGUUUACAUCCGCAUGGCCAGCCUGGUGAAGACCCUGCGUAACCACGGCGACUGGGUGCUGGUGCUCCCGCCGUGGGGCCGCCUGUACCACUGGCAGAGCCCGGACAUCCACCAGGUGCGCAUCCCCUGGAGCGAGUUCUUCAGCGUCAGCAGCCUGCAGGCCAACGUGCCCGUCGUCGAGUACGAGGAGUUCAUCGCCGAGUCGGGGGGGCCCUUCGUGGAUCAGGUGCUGGUGCUGCAGAACUACGCGGAGGGCUGGACGGACGGGAAGUGGGAGGAGAAGGUGGACGAGCGGCCAUGCGUCGAGCGCCUCAUGUACUCCAGAGACAAGCAGGGCUACUACAGAGGCUGGUUCUGGGGGUAUGAGGAAACCCGAGGGCUGAACGUCACCUGUCUGUCAGCCCAGGGACACGCCUCCAUCCUGGCCCCGCUCCUGCUGAACAACAUCACAUCCACAUCAGUAAUGCUGGACCGAGCAGAGACUCUUCUCCAUGAUCAUUACGCUGGAAAAGACUAUUGGGAUACGAGACGCAGCAUGGUCUUUGCGAAACACCUGAGAAUAAUCGGGGACGAGUUCCGUGCCAAGUACCUGAACUCCACCGAUGAGACCGACCGGACUGUUUACAAUGAGGACUGGACCCGUUUGAAGGCUAAACUGGGCAGUGCAAAGGGGGGCCCGUACCUGGGGGUGCACCUGCGGCGGAAGGACUUUAUCUGGGGCCACCGAGAGGACGUGCCCAGCCUUAAAGGGGCGGUGAAGAAGAUUCGCAGCCUGAUGAAGAAGUACAAGCUGGAGAGGGUCUUCGUCGCCACCGAUGCCGUCGAGGAAGAGCUGGAGGAGCUGAAGAGGAUGCUGCCUGAGAUGGUUCGGUUUGAGCCCACCUGGGAGGAUCUGGAGCUGCUCAAAGAUGGGGGCGUGGCCAUUAUCGACCAAUGGAUUUGCACGCACGCCAGGUACUUCAUCGGCACUGCCCUGUCCACCUUCUCCUUCCGGAUCCACGAGGAGAGGGAAAUCCUGGGCUUUGACCCCAAGACCACCUACAACCGAUUCUGCGGCGACAACGAGAAGGACUGCGAACAGCCCACCCACUGGAAAAUCGUCUACUGACCUUCGAACCCGUCUUCAGCUCUGGGAGACCAAUAACAAAAAUCGGUGUUCACGUGGAAUUUUUUUCUGAAAUUCACUAGGCCAUUUUUUUUUUGGUCUACAAAAUGAAUUUUUACUUUUUUUUUUUUUUUUUUUAAUAGAACAAAAAGUAUUUCUAUUCAUAGUUCAGAAAGGAACAAAAGCAGUAGAGUUACGGUUGCUAUGGAACUUGGAAUGCGAUCGUCAUGACGGUGACGGUGAAAGAAAUGACCGAACCAGUCCGGAUGGAUCUCUGCUGCACUGAGCUUCUCAGUGCGACUUGAAGUCAACAUCCACGCCUCAGCUCAUUCAUGUGUACCUUGACGUGUACAAAUCGAUCGCUCUACAGUAUUAAGUGCCUCUGUAGCUGCCGGCACUUGCUGGUGGAUGCAGAAAUUAGUAAGUGGUGAAUGAGCUGGCGUUGAAACAGGCAAAGGAACUGGGACAGUGAGUCAGAAGGACGACGACGACUUCUUUUGAAGACCACCCUAUGUACUACCUGUUCUGGAAGCCUCUUAUCCCUUAGAGUUUCAUACAGUUUUUCCACAGUUACUGCGCUCAUACGCCAUGACUGUAGAACCAUGCAGACCACAGGGACUGAGAAAUGGAGUCACCAACCUUUUCUCCAAUUUUAAUUUAUUAUUUUACAUAAGUAGUACAUGCGUUUUCCUUACUUGCUUAUAAGGUCCUAUGGUUUCAAGUGUCAGUCAAGUUUGUUAUAUACUUUACAGAUGAUUUUUGAGGUGUACACAGUCACAGUAUUCAUUUUUUGUUGUAUUGUUCUCUUUCCAGCUGUGCCAGUUCCUAAUUGUGCCAAAGACAAUAUUGUUUGGGUGCGUGCUCGUUUUAAAAAGAACCCUGCAAUAUUUAUAAUGGACCUUAAAUCCCCUUCCCUGUUUGACCAUUGCGUGACACUCAUUGAAAGGGGGAGUGAACUGUCAAGUCUAAUAUCCUAUGAGAUUCUACAAUGGUGGGCAAUUUGAAACCACCUGAUUCCAUAAAAAAAGAAAUCCCUAUAUAUUUUUUCUUUGUAAAUGAGGGAAGCAUGUGUAAUUUUUUUUUUUUUUUUUAAAUAAAAGAUGUUCAUUUAAAACCAUGUGGAAAGAUUAUGUACUAUUGGAUAUAGUUGUCUAUGAGUUACUUGUAAUUAUAGGAAGCCAAACUACGAACACAAUGUUUAAUAUUAUGUGUAAGUAUUUUACAUCACUAUUUUUAAUAAAACACAAUCAACAUGG